AGUUUAAAUGCCUGCGGCCGUGCCCCUGUUCACUGUUGUAUUUUAUUUGCAAUAUUAUAAUUUAAUGAUGUUUGCUAUAAUUUACAUAAAAAAAUAUCAGAUAUGAUACCCGUUAUCAGUUGCUAUCUUACCUAUCCAACGUUAAUCCGGUAUAUCGAUAUUUUUAUCUAAUUCAGCGAAUAGAAGAAAGUUUGAAUUGGCUCAUUUAGGUUAGUUCACGUCUGUUCACUGUCCGGAAUAUAUUUAAUAUAGGAAAAUGGCUGUGUCUAUACAUAAUAACAUAGUUUACGGACCGGAGGAGCGCGAUAUCCCAGCCCACUUGUCGUACCCGCAAUUUUUAUUUGACCAGUUGAAGAAGGGAGGAGAUAAAGUAGCAAUAAUAUGCGGGGAAACGGGCAACUCCAUGACAUACAAGGAAAUCUUGCAACAAAGUGUGAAUGUAGCGGUGUCCUUGCAGAAACUAGGCCUGAAGAAGGGGGAGGUGGUAGCCCUGUGCAGUGAAAACCGGUUUGAGUUCCCGGUGGCUGCCCUCGCCGCCAUGUACUGUGGUGCUGUGCUGUGCACACUUAAUGUCACUUAUUCUCCAGGUGAAAUUACCCACAUUCUGAAAAUAACUAAGCCAAAGAUAAUAUUUACUUCCCCGAUCACGGCCCAGAACAUGCAAGAUUGCAGUGAAGGAUCCUCUGUGGAGAAAAUAGUGCUAUUUGGAGAUUACGAUGUUAUCCCAGGCCUUAUGUUCAAAGACCUGGUGAAAGAGCAAGCUAACGUGGAGAACUUCGAGCUGGCGGAUGUCAGUGGCAAUGACACACUGGCUGUUAUGUGUUCGUCUGGAACCACGGGGUUGCCUAAAGGAGUCAUGCUUACACAUAUAAAUUUCUUGACCUUGUCACAGCAUAUGAAAUAUUAUGUGGAUACAUCAACAGAGUCAAACAACAUUGAAAUAAAGAAUUUCUUAGCUCUAAUACCUUGGUUCCACGCCUAUGGCUUCAUUACAACCUUUGGUGUGUUGUCAUUCCACCUAGAAAUAGUCUUCCUGACCCGAUUUGAAGACAAGUUGUUUUUGGAAACAAUACAGAAUUAUAAGGUAAACAUGAUGACGCUGGUGCCCCCGCUGGCGGUGUUCCUUGCUAAGCACCCACUCGUCCUCAAGUACGACCUGAAGUGCGUCAACGAGGUGUGGUGCGGCGCGGCGCCGCUCUCUGCUGAGAUACAAAAUGCUGUAUCACAGAGGUUGGGCAUAAACUUCAUUCGGCAGGGCUACGGCCUGACGGAGGUGACGAUGGCGUGUUGCGUCGACCUCUCUGCCAAGCGCCGGCUAGGCUCCUGUGGCACUCCAGCACCGGGCAUGAAGAUUAAAGUCCUAGACAUUGAUACCGGCAAAAGGAAGGGUGUGGGCGAGGAAGGCGAGCUAUGGAUCAAGUCGCCGCUCCGCAUGAAGGGCUACAUGGGCGACCCGGCGGCCAGCCAGGCCCUGUUCGACCAAGAGGGCUACGUGCGAACAGGCGACAUAGGGUACUACGAUAGCGAGGGUGCUUUCUACAUCGUCGACAGGCUGAAGGAGCUUAUCAAGUACAACGGCUUUCAGGUGGCCCCGGCGGAGCUGGAGGCGCUGCUGCUGCAGCACGCGGGCGUGGCCGAGGCGGGCGUGGUGGGCGCGCCGCACGAGCGCGCGGGCGAACUGCCCACCGCCUUCGUGGUGCGCCAGCCCGGCGCCGCCGUCUGCGAGCGCGAGCUGCAGGACUACGUGGCCAGCAAGGUAUCUCCGGCAAAGCAUUUAAGGGGUGGUGUUAUAUUCCUCGACGACAUUCCAAAGAACGCCUCCGGUAAAAUCCUGAGGCGAGAAUUGAAAGUUUUAUUGAAAAAGCAUAAAAAGAGCAAGCUUUAAAGUACAGUACAAACAAACCAAAGAGGUUAUCUACAUGUGUAGUAUUUUUUUUUUGUUUUUGUUUUAAGGGCUUUGACAUUUUAAUUUGUUGUCAUGUGAUUAUAAUUUAUUAUAGUAAUUAAAAAUGCAUAAUAUACUGUUACCAGACA